GCAAAAGUACAAUUUUUAAACUUUUGAAUAACAAUGAGUCAGUCACAUGUGAUACCCAGAAAAGAUUCUUUCGGUCAUUUCACAGAUGGAAGGGAGGUUAACAGGUACACUUUCUGUAACCAGAAUGACGUCACGGUGAGGGUGAUUGAGCUGGGCUGUGUUAUCACGGACAUCCGGGUUCCUGACAAGGAGGGAAUAGUGGCUGAUAUCAAUCUCGGAUAUGAUGCUGUAAAAGACUACGAGACGAAUCCUUUGAGUUUAGGGGCUAUAUGUGGCAGGGUCGUCAAUGUCAUUUCCAAUGCCAGAUUUACUCUGGAUGAUAAGGAAUAUCACGUGACUAAAAACUUCGGAAAUCAUUGCAUUCACGGAGGAAAGAGAUCGUUUACACAUCAACUCUGGAGUUCAUGGAUAGAAGAUGAUAAAGUGAAAAUGAAAUACGUGAGCGCUGAUGGGGAGGAGGGAUUUCCUGGAGAGUUGACGACCAUUGUAUCAUAUCAACUGACCAAUCAGAACGAAUUAGUGAUCGAAUAUAGCGCCUCCACGAACAAACCAACACCUGUCAAUCUUACAAACCACGCCUACUUUAACUUAGCAGGACACAAUUACCCAAACCUAGAUGAACACGUGUUACAGAUUCUUGCAGACAAAUUCACACCUACCAAGGAAAAUGAUAUUUAUAUACCAUCAGGUGAAAUCCGUGACGUCUCAGGAACAAUGUACGAUCUCCGUCAGCCGGUCAGACUGGGGAAUAGGCUCGGCAAGAUGCCCCAUGGGAAAGGAUACUUCAACAAUUUCUGUGUGACAAAUGUCGAUGGAAGUCUGAGAUUAAUAGCAAAACUGGACCAUCCUCCCACGGGCCGCCGUAUGGAGGUGUACACUACUGAGCCUGGGGUGCAGUGCUACACGGGAGGAGACACGAUCCCCCACACCCAGGGGAAGGAGGGGGCGGUGUACGAGAAACUCUGCUCCAUCUGCCUAGAGACGCAACACUAUCCAGAUAGUGUCAACCAGGAAAGUUUCCCCAAUACAGUUCUUCGUCCAGGUCAGCAAUACCAUAGUAAGACGGUUUACAAGUUUGGACUGCUGGAUAAGUAACCGGAAACACAGCAAACCGUGAAUUAUAUUUCCCUUUUAUGUUAUCAUGAUUAAUUAAGGAGAAUGAAAUACUGCGCACAAAAUGAAGUUUUCCUGUAAUAAUUACAAGGUGAAGAAUUAAGUGAAAUCCAACCAACUUUUAAGUAAAAUAUAUAGGGCAAAUCUGAAGUAAAUCAUUGUGGAAGACGAAAAUUUUGUAAGGAGACCUCCUUGAUUCCUCAUUUCUUGAGUUACCUAUGUACAUAUAUCUGACUGGGUAGAAAGCUAUUCUCCGUUAUUAAAUUAUGAUCGAGUAGCUGAAUUUGGUGUUUGCGUAAUAUAAAAAUUAUAGAUGUCCAAAAGUGCAUUUAUAUCAAUUUCAAAUAUAUAAAGGACAAACUGUUUCUGUCUAUAUGCAUAUGCUCAAAUCAAAAUCAACUACUCUGUAAAUUAAAAAUAUAUGUACAUCCAGAGAUAUUUAACAUUCGUUAUAUACAUUGUACAUGUACCCAAGAUAUCACUGCAAAGCAAAAUAUAAAAAUAAACUUCGUCUAUACUC